AGGAAUGAGCUUGUUCCUUCCGAAGCUUUGCUCCAAGAAAGACAUUGACGAUGUUAUUAAAGGAGUUGCAGAAAAGGUUCUGGUCUUGCGAUUUGGGAGAGAUGAUGACGCAGUCUGUCUGCAGCUGGAUGAAAUUCUGUCUAAGACCUCUCAUGACUUGAGCAACAUGGCUUCGAUUUACCUGGUAGAUGUGGACAAAGCUCCAAUAUAUACUCGGUACUUCGAUAUCAAUUAUAUUCCGUCAACUGUCUUUUUCUUCAAUGGGCAGCACAUGAAGGUCGACUAUGGGUCUCCAGAUCACACAAAGUUUGUGGGAAGUUUUAAAACCAAGCAGGAUUUCAUUGACCUGAUUGAGGUGAUCUAUUGUGGAGCCAUGAGAGGAAAAUUGAUUGUCCGGAGCCCCAUUGAUCCCAGAAAUAUCCCCAAAUAUGAUCUCUUAUAUCAUGGGAUCUAGAAGCUCCCCAACUACGGACUCUUCAACCAUGGGAUUAUGAAUACUGCUGUGGUGUAAAAUGACUUGCUUCAUGUGACAACCAUUAUUAAAAAAUAAUACAGCAUGGAGAUAGCAUGGCUUUCACUUUGAAAACAGACAAACAGAUACAGGGAAUGGGGAAAAAUACUUACUCAUGGCUGAAGCCGAAUAGGUCUUUUGGAAACAUAAUUUGUCUGUGAAGUAUUACCACCCAAUUUGACAGAUGGGAUGUUUAAAGUAACAAUUAAUUUGUAACUAGUUAACAUCAACUUUGUAUUUCUGUACAUCUGUACUCAUAUUUAUUUUAUUUUUAAUAAAAUGUACACAUUCCUAUGAAA